AUGAAGAGACCUGUUGAUAAUGAUGAUAGUGUGAAUAAAAAGCAGAGAAAGUAUCGUAAGGACGGUUCUGUUGUAAAUUUCAAGACAUUCAGUCCACCGGAAGGACCAGGUAUAUUUAUCACUUGCGUUCGAGGUAAAGAGAAGCAAGCGUUGAACGAUAUAUUAGAUAUAUUAAAUGAAAUUUGUGAUAGGCACUUCCCAGAUUUGAAAGUACAAUCAAAGAAAGCUGAAGUGAUAAAAGAAACAGACAAUAAAGAGGAGACACCUGAAGUAGCUGAGAAUGACAUUAAAGCUCAACUAGCUCAAGAAUUGAGUGAAAUGAACGAUAAGAAGAAGGUUGAUAACUCAGCCAAACGGUUUGUAAAUCAUCAAACAAACACGCAAUGUUUGAUAUACCUCGAAGUGAGAAAACCGUUCGAUCCGAUAGCAAUAGUAAAAGCAUACCUCAAUGAGGUUAUAGAGACUGGGAAGAUGAGAACUAAAUAUAUACAAAGAUUGACACCAAUAUCACACCUCUCACACGCUACGGAAGCUGCAUUUGAAGCACUGUGUGGUAUGAUCUGUCAAAGUCAUCUAUCUAAGGGUGACGAAGAGGGUAAAGGUAGAAAGUAUCGCAUAGAAUUAGGUAAACGCUCGCAUAAUACACUCAAGCGUGACGAUAUUAUUCAGACAGUCGUCGAUUCAAUCAAUUCACCGCAUAAGAUAGAUCUCAGUAAUCCAGAUAGAUGGGUAAUAGUCGAGAUAUUCAAAGGUGUAGCUGGUGUUUCAGUCGUCUCCGAAUACGACAAGUAUAGAAAGUUCAAUCCAUUUUCGUUAAUAGAAGCCAAAAACAAAGGGGAAGAUAAGCGAGACGAAUUGUAG